CGCAGCAGAGAAAGACUGAAUAUGCAUAGAAAAUAUCUCAUUUAUUCUUUAAUUUCUGUAAUCAUAAUUCAGCAUUUUAAUAUGGGUCAAGCUAUUCCCAUUCGCGAUGGCACAAUAAUCAAUGGAUGUGAGGUCGGCGAAUACGCUCAGUUUGAAAAGGUGAUGAGAGCACUUGAUACAGAGCUGCCGCAGCUUCUUAAAUAUUUUUCAAACAAAUUGAGGAAAACUAUGGUUAAUAUUCUAUGGCAUAUGGAUCACAGCCCCAAUUUUGGAAGGAGCACAGAAGACCGCAGAUCUCUACAAAAUGCAUUGGAUAGUUUAGAGAAAUAUAAAGAACCUCCAAAAUUUUGGAACAUAUCGAAAACUUUAACGUUGGUAAUAUCAUCACUACAGUCUAUUAACCGUUUAACUCCUUCAGUAAGACUGGGUUCUUCACGAGAGGCUAUAAUCAUGCAGAAAAUAUUAAAUAAGUGUAGAGUCCAUGAUUUGAUUCCGAAGUUUAAUAGACGAUUAAAGCUCUAUUCAGAUCACCUCUAUAAUACAACACUCGAUUACUUUCAUGGGGAUGACUGUAAGCAUAUAGAGAGCGUCAAAAAUUUAUUAAUGUGGCGUACCGAAAUUUACAAUGAAAACGCUAUUAUUGAUAAACUAAUUAUUACAUCGAACUAUUUUGAAACCCUCUUUACAUAUUAAGGUUACGAGUAUUCAUGGAAAGUCAACGGGAAGUUGAUUGAAAAAUUUUGUUCUGUAACACAAUUUUUACCAUUUCAUUAUAAUAUAUUCUUAG